GUUACUGUUCUGCAGCACAAAGACUUUUAUUUUGGUGUGGUGAUGUGAUGUGACGUCAUCAGGCCGCGACGCGCUCCCGCUGAAGAAAGAUAAAUUCACCUGAGAUCCAGGUGAGAGACUAUUAUAAAGAGGAGAGUGAAGACUUGAAGAUUGAAGAAACAUUCAGAGUCAAACAUGAAGAUACUGACGAACAAACAGAUCCACGUUGACACACUGUUAUAAAGAUGGCGGUUAUAAAAAAGGAGAGUGAAGACAUGAAGAUUGAAGAAACAUUCAGCGUUAAACAUGACGAUACUGAGGAACAAACAAAGAUGGCGUUUAUUAAAGAGGAGAGUGAAGACAUGAAGAUUGAAGAAACAUUCAGCGUUAAACAUGACGAUAUUGAGGAACAAACAAAGAUGGCGUUUAUUAAAGAGGAGAGUGAAGACAUGAAGAUUGAAGAAACAUUCAGCGUUAAACAUGAAAAUACUGAGGAACAAACAGACCUGAAGACACUGAAAGAGGAGAGUCAAGAGGUCAAUGAAAAGGAAGAUAAUGUUCAGCAUGAGAAAUAUGAUUUCAUUACUGGAGAAAAUUCAUUUAGUUGCUCACAUACUGAAAAGACUUCACAAAAAAGAGCUCAAAAGUUAAAUGGAAGUUAUUUCACCUGCCAGCAGUGCGGGAAAAGUUUCACCAGAAAAGGAAACCUUGAAGUCCACAUGAGAGUUCACACUGGAGAAAAGCCUUACACUUGCCAACAAUGUGGAAAGGGUUUCAUUCAAAAAGGAAUCCUUAAAAACCAUCUGAAAAUUCACACUGGAAUGAAACCCUUUGUCUGCCAACAGUGUGGAAAGAGUUUUACUGGAAAAGGAAACCUUAUUGUUCACAUGAGAAUUCAUACUGGAGAGAAGCCUUACACCUGCAAACAGUGUGGAAAGAGCUUCCUUCGAGAAUCAAACCUUAAAAUCCACAUGAGAAUUCACACUGGAGAGAAACCUUACACAUGUUCUCAAUGUGGAAAAAGUUUUACACACAAACAACACCUUGAUGGCCACAUGCGAAUUCAUACUGGAGAGAAACCUUUCACCUGCCAACAAUGUGGAAAGAGCUACACUAUAAAAGAAACCCUUAAAGACCACAUGAGAAUUCACACUGGAGAGAAACCUUACACCUGCCAACAAUGUGGAAAGAGCUUCACUCAAAAAGGAACCCUUAAAGACCACAUGAGAAUUCAUACUGGAGAGAAACCUUACACCUGCCAACAAUGUGGAAAGGGCUUCUCUCAAAAAGGAAACCUUAAAGACCACAUGAAAGUUCACACCGGAGUGAAGCCUCACACCUGCAAACUGUGUGAAAAGAGCUUCACUGAUAAAAGAAACCUUAGGAAACAUAUGAAGAUUCACACUGGAGAGAAGCCCUUUACAGACCUGAAGACACUGAAAGAGGAGAGUCAAGAGCUCAAUGAAAAGGAAGAUAAUGUUCAGCAUGAGGAAUAUGAUUUCAUGACCGGAGAAAAAUCAUUGAGUUGCUCACAUACUGAAAAGACUUCACAAAAAAAAGCUCAAAAGUUAAAUGGAAGUUAUUUCACCUGCCAACAGUGCGGGAAAAGUUUCACCAGAAAAGGAAACCUUAAAGGCCACAUGAGAGUUCACACUGGAGAAAAGCCUUACACUUGCCAACAAUGUGGAAAGGGUUUCAUUCAAAAAGGAAUCCUUAAAAACCAUCUGAAAGUUCACACUGGAAUGAAACCCUUUGUCUGCCAACAGUGUGGAAAGAGUUUUACUGGAAAAGGAAACCUUAUUGUUCACAUGAGAAUUCAUACUGGAGAGAAGCCUUACACCUGCAAACAGUGUGGAAAGAGCUUCCUUCGAGAAUCAAACCUUAAAAUCCACAUGAGAAUUCACACUGGAGAGAAACCUUACACAUGUUCUCAGUGUGGAAAAAGUUUUAAACAUAAACAACACCUUGAUGGCCACAUGCGAAUUCAUACUGGAGAGAAACCUUUCACCUGCCAACAAUGUGGAAAGAGUUUCACUCAAAAAGGAACCCUUAAAGACCACAUCAGAGUUCACACUGGAGAGAAGCCUUACACCUGCAAACUGUGUGGAAAGAGCUUCACUGAAAAAAGAAACCUUAGGAAACAUAUGAAGAUUCACACUGAAUGAAUGAAGCAUUCAUUUAGACACUGAAGAGAAGCCAUUUACAGGGGCAGGAUGGAAGAUGAGCUGAUGAUCGGGUAAUGUACAAUUAAAUCUGUAAGAAAUGGAGAAGUCAAUUUCGCAGCUGCUGCGAGAAGCGGCUGCAGCUCUUGAACGAUCUGCAGGUCCAUCAUCGAAUGCUCCUUCAUCAAGAAGUGAUGGUCAGGGUGAGUAUUUAUUAUCUUAUUUGUGUAAUAUUAAACUAUUAUAUCUAAUAUAUUAUAUUAUACAUGACAUACAGUUUGACCAUACGUCUCGGAUUUUAGAGUUGGCUAUGAUGAUCCUAAAUGUGACUCUUUAUAUAUUAGCGUUUAACGGUACAUACGUUUUCUGUUCUAUGCUGAAAACCAGUGUUUAUAUAUUGUGUCCCCGUGAAUGUUGCGUAAUAAAUGUAAUAUUAUAUUAAAUAUAUAAACUUCUUCUGAUGAACACAAUUUCAGCAAGUAAUGUUUCCUAAACGAUUGCCUAAACAAAACCUAAACCAUCUCGAUUAUCAAGCUGUUUUGAUUUUCUUCUCAGGCCCUGCUCACGACCACUGACUUCAGGGGUGUCUAAACUCUGGUCUGGAGGGCUGGUAUCCUGCAGAGUGUAGAUGCAACUUGCCUCAACACACCUGCCUGGAAGUUUCUAGUAUGCCUAAUAAGACCUGAUGUCUGAUUGGGGCAGGACUGAGUUUGGACACCCCUGUCGUAUUUCCUCCCUCAGUCAGCAAGAGACCUGCAUCGAAACGGGUUGCUGUAAACAGAACUGAAAACAUGUUUAAUCAGACUGUUUGACAACUAGGUUAUUUAAAUUAUUACAAAAUAUUUACAGUACAAACAUUAAACUCUUUUUUUCUUGCCUUAAAAUGUUUUCAAGGUGCACGUAGUGAAGUGAGCAGGCUGUUUGCCCCAUACACACCUCUGGGUAUACGGAAGAGGUCAUGUAUUUCAGCUGUGCCAGCAAAGAAGCCCAAGACAGUAACAUAUACCCACAGGUUAUUCUGCGUAGCUAAAAGAAGAGACUGUGAGGCUCCAAAUACACCUGACAAGCUCAAACUUGUGACCCCGGAUCACAAAACCAGUCAUAAAGCCCUGUUCACACUACAAGCGACAUGCAGCGACAUGCAGCGACAAAGCGACGCGAUUCCAUUCAUUUCAAUGGAGAGCUGGCGAUUUCCGGCGACACGAGCAACAGCGAGCGAUAGCGACCGUUGGCGACCGGAUGGGGCGUGUCCAGCGACGCGACAAAGUUCAGAAUCCUUCAACUUUAUGCAAAUGAAGAGCGAUUUUUGGGAGCCACAGCCAAUAGCAAAGAAGACGGUAGCGCUCAUGUGAUCAUUCUCCUUUCAGCUCCUGCAGUGACGGAAAGAUGGAGGAGAAGUUGAUUCUUGCCGUUAGCAAUUGUCCUGUUUUAUACAACAUGUCCCUGCCCACAUACAGGGACAUAAAUUUAAAAAAUCAGGCAUGGAAAGGGGUGUCUGAGAUCGUGGGAAUUCCAAGUAGGUUUUUAAACAACGAAUAAGAUGUAAAAUUACAUUACCUUUUUUAAAAAACAAAAAUAAAAUGUGUUAAAUGUGUGACAACAGACAAAAUCAUAAAUGAUCAGAUAGCAA